AUGGGUCCCGCCCUGCUCACGGCGGUUAACUGUACGGGUCACGUGCACUUGAUCAUUGGCUCAAACCCGCUGGCCGGCGCUCGCUGCACACGAUCCAUCGAAGUCGGCGCCACCCCGAUUUUGAUCGCCCCAGAGAGCGCUACCGUCCAUUACGGUCUCAUGCAACGGAUUGAUGAGGGGGAGAUUCAAUGGGUCCGACGUAGCUUCAGAGAAGACGAUUUGACGAGCCUUGGUCGCUCAGAGGUCGAUGGCGUCGUGGAUGCAGUAUUCGUCACAACUGGUAGAAAGCAGGUUCAAACCACUCAGAUAUCCAGCUUAUGCCGGCGAUUGAGAAUACCAGUUAACGUCGUCGAUGCCCCCAAUCUUUGUUCGUUCACUCUCCUGUCCACCCAUUCCGACGGACCUCUCCAAAUUGGUGUUACCACGUCCGGAAAAGGAUGCAAACUCUCCACACGAAUACGGCGGGAGAUCGCGGCUUCCUUGCCUCUACACCUUGGCGAAGCCGUCGAAAGACUGGGGACAAUGCGUAGGCGUAUAUGGGAAGAGGAUCAUGCCCUUGAGCUUUCUCAAGACCUAGAAGCUGAAGAUGAAGAUAUUGGCCAACCAUCCAACUUCAACCAGCUGAUCGCUGCGGAAAGUUUUGAGGCGGCCCGGAACAGGCGCAUGCGUUGGCUAGCACAAAUCUGCGAGUAUUGGCCGCUCCGCCGUCUUGCUGCUAUCUCAGAUGUGGAUGUGGAAACCCUCCUUCGGAAUUACACGAGCCCAAAGACUUUCAAGGCUAGCAGUACCGGAGAGCCUGGAACACAACACAAGGGACGUAUCAUUCUUGCCGGCUCCGGACCUGGGAAUCCUGACCUCUUGACUCGAGCAACGCACAAGGCCAUACUUUCAGCGGAUCUCAUUCUCGCUGACAAGUUAGUCCCUAGCCCGGUGCUUGACCUCGUUCCACGCCGUGUGACUGUACAUAUUGCGAGGAAAUUUCCAGGCAACGCCGACAAAGCCCAAGAGGAGCUUCUUCAGAUGGGAUUGGAGGGCCUCAAAGCUGGGAAGGUUGUAGUGCGAUUAAAGCAAGGUGACCCCUAUAUCUAUGGCCGAGGUGGAGAAGAGUAUGAUUUCUUUCGUUCUAACGGGUAUUUGCCGACUGUUCUUCCUGGCAUAACCAGUGCCCUGAGUGCGCCACUUUUCGCAGCCAUUCCGCCAACUCACCGCAGCGUUGCCGAUCAAGUACUCGUGUGCACCGGCACGGGACGAAAAGGAGCGGCUCCGGAUCCGCCGGAAUAUGUUUCGUCACGCACCGUUGUUUUCUUAAUGGCUCUUCAUCGGCUUUCUUCCCUGGUCGAAAGCCUUGUUGAAGUUGGCAAAGGCUACCCACUCAACACUCCAUGCGCUGUUCUCGAGCGUGCCAGCUGCCCGGAUCAGAGGGUCAUCAGGACUACGCUGGAGCAUGUGUGCGCUGCGAUUGAAGAAGAAGGUAGUCGGCCGCCUGGUCUUCUAAUUGUUGGGAACGCAUGCACAAUUCUGAACAAGUUUCACCAAAGAUGGGUGGUUGAGGAAGGGUUUAAGGGAUUAGAUGAUAUAGGUGUCUCUAGUGAUCUACCAGGCAUAGGGGAGAUUCUCAAUGUGUAG